AUGUCUUCAGCCAAUCGAGAUCCGAACCCUCGGCCAAGUACUGCGUUGAGCACAGGAGACGAGAACGACCUUGUUAAGGCCGUCGACAACCUCCUAAAUAACCUUGGUCCCAAAUUUUCAAAAGUCUCAGCCGAAUUGUUUGCGAAAAUGGACGAGAUGUCACAACGGCUCGACGAUAUGGAAGCAGCCAUCAAAGCGGGGAACAGCUCAGAGAGCAGGGAAAGUUGA